UAAUUUGUUUGAAGUUUUUUUAAAUAAUUAGAGUCGACUAUUUAAGGAAAAAUAAAUAUGGCUAAAUAAUUUACAGAAAAAAAAAAUAUAACUUUUUUUUAAAUCAAUGUAACUUAUUAUUAUGACAUUGAAAGGGUGAAUCCCAAAGUUAAUAAACUCUAGUCAGUAAAUUAACACACUAACAACAAUCAAACUUGCCUUGCUCUGAUUCGCUCCAAGAAAGUGUCAAAAACAAGAAGUUCACUACAUUUGGUAUUCUUCUGUAACAUAUAGAGCAGCAUAGUCGGAAUACCAAGCCCUGUCCAGAGAGAGAAAGAGAGGUACCAUGGAAGAAUCCACAGCCGAAAUCAGAACUCCUCUGAUAUCAAAGGAUGGGAAAUCUGAAGAACCAUCGACCUCAGAGUCUGAGAUUAACGUCGAACGAGUCCAUCAACCGAAGGAGGAGGAGGAGAACUCGCCGGUGAAGCAGGUGGCUCUGACCGUACCCACCACCGACGACCCGUCCCUCCCGGUCCUGACCUUCCGGAUGUGGGUCCUGGGAAUCCUUUCUUGCAUCCUCUUAUCUUUCCUCAACCAGUUCUUCUGGUACCGGACCGAACCGCUGACAAUCACGGCCAUCUCGGCUCAGAUCGCCGUCGUGCCGCUUGGACAACUGAUGGCGGCGAAGAUCACGGACCGGGUGUUCUUCAAGGGAAGUCGGUGGGAAUUCACGUUGAAUCCGGGGCCAUUCAAUGUCAAGGAACAUGUGCUUAUCACCAUCUUUGCAAACUCUGGUGCUGGCACUGUCUAUGCUAUUCAUGUGGUUACUGUUGUCAAGGUGUUCUAUAAGAAGCACAUCACCUUCUUUGUCUCCUUAAUCGUUGUUAUAACGACACAGGUGUUAGGGUUUGGAUGGGCUGGAAUAUUCAGAAGGUACCUGGUGGAGCCAUCAGCUAUGUGGUGGCCUGCAAAUUUAGUCCAGGUUUCACUGUUCAGGGCUCUGCACGAGAAAGAGGAACGGGCCAAGGGAGGCGUGACACGAACUCAGUUCUUCCUGAUUGCACUCACCUGCAGCUUUGCUUACUAUGUCUUCCCAGGUUACCUCUUUGAAAUGCUAACUUCAUUCUCAUGGAUCUGCUGGAUAUUCCCCACAUCAGUCCUAGCCCAACAGCUCGGUUCGGGGCUUUAUGGGCUUGGCAUUGGUGCUCUCGGAUUCGACUGGUCCACCAUCUCAUCCUACCUUGGAAGCCCAUUGGCAAGCCCAUGGUUUGCCACUGCCAAUGUUGCUGCUGGAUUUGUCCUUGUCAUGUAUGUGUUGACUCCCAUUUGCUAUUGGCUUGAUGUCUAUAAAGCCAAGACCUUCCCAAUAUUUUCGGACGAUUUGUUUCAAUCAGAUGGUAUAAUAUACAAUAUUACGAGCAUUAUCGACUCCAAUUUCCAUCUAGACAUUGCGGCCUAUGAGCGAGAAGGACCUCUUUACCUCAGUACAUUUUUUGCCAUGACUUAUGGUGUUGGUUUUGCUGCACUCACUGCGACAGUUGUUCAUGUGUCACUGUUUCAUGGAAGAGAAAUUUGGGAGCAGAGCAAAUCGAGUUUUGGAGAGAGGAAGAUGGACAUACACACAAGACUGAUGAGCAGGUACAGACAAGUCCCUGAGUGGUGGUUUUGGGUGAUCCUUGUCGUAAACAUUGCAGUCACCAUCUUUGCCUGCGAGUAUUUCAUUGAUCAGCUUCAGUUGCCAUGGUGGGGUGUGUUACUGUCAUGUGUGAUUGCCUUCGUCUUCACUCUUCCUAUUGGGAUCAUCACUGCCAUCACAAACCAGACACCGGGGCUGAACGUGAUCACCGAGUAUAUAAUUGGGUAUAUAUACCCGGGAUAUCCGGUGGCUAACAUGUGCUUCAAAGUGUAUGGAUACAUAAGCAUGACACAGGCUGUCACCUUUCUGCAAGAUUUCAAACUUGGUCACUACAUGAAAAUUCCGCCUAGAACUAUGUUCAUGGCACAGGUUGUAGGAACACUGAUUGCUGGUUUUGUCUACUUGGGCACUGCUUGGUGGUUAAUGGAAACAAUCCCAGACAUCUGCGAGUCAUCCUCCUCCAUAUGGACUUGUCCAACGGACACUGUCUUCUACGACGCAUCCGUAAUCUGGGGUUUAAUCGGACCUCGUAGAAUCUUCGGAGACGAAGGCACAUACGGAGCAGUCAACUGGUUCUUCCUGGCGGGAGCAAUCGCACCACUACUAGUAUGGCUAGCUCAGAAGGCCUUUCCGAACCAAAAUUGGAUACGACUAAUCAACAUGCCGGUGUUGAUCGGGGCCACCGGAAUGAUGCCACCGGCCACGGCCGUGAACUACACGACUUGGAUCAUAAUGGGAUUCUUCUCAGGUUUUGUAGUGUAUAGAUAUAGACCAGAAUUGUGGAAGAGGUACAAUUAUGUUCUGUCAGGUGCGCUAGAUGCUGGAUUGGCUUUCAUGGGAGUGUUGUUGUAUUUUUGCUUGGGAUUGGAAGAUGUGAGUCUUGAUUGGUGGGGGAAUGAUCUUGAUGGCUGUCCUUACGCAUCUUGUCCUACUGCCAAAGGGGUUAGUGUGCCUGGUUGCCCUGUUGUGUUAUGAAAUAUUUGAGAGAUUGUACCUUUUGUUUUUGGUUUUUUUUUAGUUGGCCUUCAUUAUGUAAAUACAUUGUUUUUAGGACAAAUUAUACCAAUAAUUUCUAGUUUCUAUUGUUUGUAUCAAUCUGAUCCAUAUGCUACUUAUUGUCAUGCA